GCCCACUUGGAUGGUUUGGAGAAGCAGCUGCGGCGCCAGUGGAAGCAGCUGGCACGGCAGCGUCGGAGGGAAGCCGACAACACUGUGGUACCUGUAGGGGGGAGCGAAGAGCUGCCGAGCAGUGUGCUGGAGACGCAAAGCCUGAGUCCAAGCUUCGGGCUAGUGGCCGAGACAUUGGCACAGCAUGUGCUGACAACAAGACCAGCUCCAGAAGCGAGCGUUCACUCAGCAGAUGCGAGUGUUGAGCCAGACAACAGCAACACGGAGACACAGAAGCCAAGUCCGCCAGAUCCUCCAAAGGAGGAGCAUGUGGAGGAGACUGGCAGCUCACCAGAGAUAGGCAUUUCUUUGGAUGUCGACGCGGAGCAGAUGGGACCUCCUGCCCAGACUCGGGAUAUGGAGCCCGGACUAGUAAGCGUCCGGUGA